ACACAGACACACCCGCACACACACACCCCCUCACUCACUCUCACACACACACAUACACACACAUUCACUCAGAACACACACUGAAAGACUCACACACCUAUAGACACACACACAGACACACACUCACACACGCACGCACACACACACCCUCACUCACACACACAGAGAAACACACACAUUCACUCAGAACACACACUUAAAGACAAACACACUUAAAGACUCACACACCUAUGGACAGACACACACACACGCACACAUACACAUACAGAAAGACAAACCCAUUCACUCAGAACACACACUUAAAGAUUCACACACCUAUGGACAGACACACACUCACACACGCAGGCACACACACACCCUCACACACACACACACACAGAAACACACACAUUCACUCAGAACACACACUUAAAGACAAACACACUUAAAGACUCACACACCUAUGGACAGACAGACACACACACACACACAGACACCCAUACACAUUCACUCAGAACACACUCUUAAAGACAAACACACUUAAAGACACACACCCAUGGACACACACACAGACACACGCACACACAGACAUACACACGCAUUCACUCAGAACACACACUUAAAAACAAACACACUUAAAGACACACACCCAUAGACACACACACACGCACACACACACAUGUGCACACACAGACAUACACACACAUUCACUCAGAACACACACUUAAAGACAAACACACUUAAAGACUCACACACCUAUGGGCAGACACACAGACACACACACACAUUCACUCAGAACACACUCUUAAAGACAAACACACUUAAAGACACACACCCAUAGACACACACACAGACACAUGUGCACACACAGACAUACACACACAUUCACUCAGAACACACACUUAAAAACAAACACACUUAAAGACUCACACACCUAUAGACAGACACACACCCACACACAUUCACUCAGAACACACUCUUAAAGACAAACACACACACACACACAUGUGUACACACAGACACACACAUUCACUCAGAACACACUCUUAAAAACAAACACACUUAAAGACACACACACAGACACACACAGGCACACAGACACACACAGGCACACAGACACACACGGACACAUGCGCACACACACAUUCACUCAGAACACACUCUUAAAGACAAACACACACACCCAUAGACACAGACACACACACAUGUGCACACACAUUCACUCAGAACACACUCUUAAAGACAAACACACACACCCAUAGACACAGACACACACACAUGUGCACACACAUUCACUCAGAACACACUCUUAAAAACAAACACACUUAAAGACUCACACACCCAUAGACACACACACACACACACACACACACACAUGCUGCAGAGAGGGUGGGCCAUGUGGUGUGGAGUGGAGCAGGUCUGAGGGCAGGGUGAAGGAAGGCGUGCCAGAGGAGUCAGUGCAGGGGUCAGGAUGGCAUUAGUCCCAGGGCAGGGUGAGGGUGAGAGAAGGCGUGCCAGAGGAGUCAGUGCAGGGGUCAGGAUGGCAUUAGUCCCAGGGCAGGGUGAGAGAAGGUGUGCCAGAGGAGUCAGUGCAGGGGUCAGGAUGGCAUUAGUCCCAGGGCAGGGUGAGGGUGAGAGAAGGCGUGCCAGAGGAGUCAGUGCAGGGGUCAGGAUGGCGCUCCAUCUCCCGCUGGCCAUGGCACUCCUGAUGGGUCUGGUGGAUUCCUUGUGUGCGAGCGGGACAGAGCAGAAGCAAACAGAACCAACACCGGUCCAGAACCUUCCGUCUUCCAGCCGGUACUUCACAAGCUCAGGUCCCACAAGACCCGGUUUCACGGGUCCAACGGGACCUGGUUCCACCAAUCUGACAAGACCCGGUCUCACGGGUCCGACAGGACCUGGUUCCACCAAUCUGACAAGACCCGGUCUCACGGGACCAACAGGACCUGGUUCCACCAAUCUGACAAGACCCGGUCUCACGGGACUAACAGGACCUGGUUCCACCAAUCUGACAAGACCCGGUCUCACGGGUCCCACAAGACCCAGUCUCACGGGUCCGGCGGGACCUGGUUUCACCAAUCUGACAAGACCCGGUCUCACGGGACCAACAGGACCUGGUUCCACCAAUCUGACAAGACCCGGUCUCACGGGUCCCACAAGACCCAGUCUCACGGGUCCGGCGGGACCUGGUUUCACCAAUCUGACAAGACCCGGUCUCAAGGGUCCGAUGGGACCUGGUUUCACCAAUCUGACAAGACCCCCUUCUAUUGAGGACCAACUGAACCAGAUCCACAAGGACCUGGAGAACCAAACCCAGAACUUUGUGUCUGAGGAUAAAGAGAAGUUCCAGGACUACGAGGACCAUCUAGCAUCCUCAUCCUCAUCAUCAUCAUCAGGUGUGUGUCGAGAAGAGGAUCUGGUGGCAGCGAGUCAGGCCCUGUGUGCUUCUACUUUCUACCAGCAGAUGGAGCACUUGUCACCUGAUCAACACUGCCUGCUGCUGGACCGCGUCAUCAUGGCGUACAACGACAUGACGCUGUGCUUGGAGGAGUUGUCCCACUGGGCCGGCUGCUUCUAUCCCAACAGCCAAGUCCAGGACUUGUUCCUGCAGGUCCACAGCAGCUUCUUCCAGCAGUGUCCCCGCCAAGAGCGCCCCCUGGAGGACGCCCCGCAUGGGCUGGCGGUGGCCCUGACGCUGGGCACCGUCAGCAUCCUGCCCGUGUUGGUCUACCUGGUGGGCUGGAGGAGCGGCGUGGACCCCGCUCGCUAACUCCACCUUCCUCUUCAGCUCCUACAAAAUAAAAGUUGCCCCAGACGUGAAGGUUUCAUCCUGCUUUUAUUGUUUGCCACAUGAAUAGUGAGGUCACAUGACCCAGGUGUCCAAAGUUGAGCUAAUGUAUAGCAUUUGUUAGCACACUAAUAUUGACUUCAUUUUGCAGGGGUUUUUUAUUUGAUGAAUGCUACCUGUUAGCAUGCUAACCUUAAUAGGCCAGCUUUUAGCUAAUAAGUUAUAUUUUGUUACUUGAUGUAUGCUAAUGUUACCAUGCUAGCAUUUUUACCAAAUCUUCCUGGUACACAUGGCAGACUACUAAGGUUUGUUGUUCAUAUGUAAGCAUGCAGACAUUAGCAUGCUAGCUUUUGUAGCUAAUUUAGCAGGUAUAUACAUCAGUGAAUUGAUGAAGGUGGACCCCGACUUAAACAAGUUGUAAAACUUAUUGGGGUGUUACCAUUUAGUGGUCAAUUGUACAUAAUAUGUACUGUACUGUGCAAUCUACUAAUAAAUGUAUCAAUCGAUCAAAAAAA